AUGGCCUCGUGCUGGUGGCGCUGGCGGCGCGGCUGCUCCUGGAGGCCGGCGGCGCGGAGCCCGGGGUGCGGCUCACCUGGCCUCGCGGGGCCGCCCGGGCCGCGCGCAGCCGCCUACGCCCGGGCGCAGAUAUCCUAUUUUAAUCUUGUGAGAAGUUUAACAUCUGCCUUUCCAAAUGUAUAUAGUAUAUCACGAUUCCAUCACACAACAUCAUCAGUGUGCUGUUGUAGUAAAACACGAAGUGGUGAGAAAUACACUGAUCCUUUUAAACUUGGUUGGCGAGACUUGAAAGGUCUGUAUGAGGACAUUAGAAAGGAACUAUUCAUAUCUACAACAGAACUUAAGGAAAUGUCUGAAUACUACUUUGAUGGAAAAGGAAAAGCCUUCCGACCAAUUAUUGUGGUGCUAAUGGCCCGAGCAUGCAAUAGUCAUCAUAAUAACUCCCGAGAUGUGCAAGCCAACCAGCGCUCCAUAGCCUUAAUUGCAGAAAUGAUCCACACUGCAAGUCUGGUUCAUGACGACGUUAUUGACGAUGCAAAUUCUCGAAGAGGAAAACAUACAGUUAAUAAGAUCUGGGGUGAAAAGAAGGCUGUUCUUGCUGGAGAUUUAAUUCUUUCUGCAGCAUCAAUGGCUCUGGCACGAAUUGGAAACACAACUGUUAUUUCUAUUUUAACGCAAGUUAUUGAAGACCUGGUGCGUGGUGAAUUUCUCCAACUAGGGUCAAAAGAAAAUGAGAAUGAAAGAUUUGCCCACUACCUUGAAAAGACCUUCAAGAAGACUGCAAGUCUGAUUGCCAACAGUUGUAAAGCAGUCUCUGUCCUAGGCUGCCCUGACCCAGUGGUACAUGAGAUUGCCUAUCAAUAUGGAAAAAAUGUGGGCAUAGCUUUUCAGCUAAUAGAUGAUGUAUUGGACUUCACCUCCUGUUCUGACCAGAUGGGCAAACCAACGUCAGCGGAUCUGAAGCUUGGGUUAGCUACUGGCCCCGUCUUAUUCGCUUGUCAGCAGUUCCCAGAAAUGAAUGCUAUGAUAAUGAGACGGUUCAACUUGCCAGGAGAUGUGGACAGAGCACGACAAUACGUAUUACAGAGUGAUGGUGUGCAACAAACAACCUACCUCGCCCAGCAAUACUGCCAUGAAGCAAUAAAAGAGAUCAGUAAACUUCGACCAUCCCCAGAAAGAGAUGCCCUCAUACAACUUUCAGAAAUUAUACUCACAAGAGAUAAAUGACAACUCCUUCUGUUAGUUCUGGCAGCUAUUUUACCAGACUGUGCCUAAAAAUUUUGUGGAAUAUACUUUGCUUCAUGUGCAGAUAACCAAAAAUCAUUUCAAAAAAUCAUUUCAACUUUGUGGAUGGGCAAUUUUUUUAUUGGCAAAUUUUUUUCAGAAAACUUUUUAAAUGUAAUUAAACUCUCUGAAUCUGUCAUUCUAGUUCUAUAAAUUCUAAUCGAGAUAUCUGAAGGGUUAUAUAUGGUAUUGUUUACACUGUUAAUAGUGACAUGUAAAGUCAUUAUACAAAUAAAUAAUGUUAAAAUUCAAAUGGUUUAUCUGGUUUUAUCAUAGGUCAGAAAAUUAUUCUCUACAUCUCUAUCCACAUUAGAUUUUAAU